CCAUAGUAAUCUGCGAUUUUAUAUUGUUCUUUUGCAUGGUCCUAUUAAGUUUUUAUGCAGACAAAAACAUAAAAUUACAGAUAGUUAUAAUAACCUUGCAUCUCUUUUGUGUCAUCUGCAUUUUAGGCUCAAGAUGGGUCGACGUCCCGCAAGAUGUUAUCGUUACUGCAAAAAUAAGCCUUAUCCAAAGUCUCGUUUCUGUCGUGGUGUUCCGGACCCCAAAAUUCGCAUAUUCGAUUUGGGUAGGAAAAAGGCCACUGUGGAAGACUUCCCACUAUGUGUCCAUCUGGUAUCUGACGAAUACGAACAAUUAAGCAGCGAAGCGUUAGAAGCAGGGCGCAUCUGCUGCAAUAAGUACUUGGUGAAGUACUGCGGCAAGGAUCAAUUCCAUAUAAGAAUGCGUUUGCACCCAUUCCACGUCAUCCGCAUAAACAAAAUGUUGUCGUGUGCCGGAGCCGAUAGGCUCCAAACUGGUAUGAGGGGUGCUUUUGGAAAGCCGCAGGGAACAGUUGCACGUGUUCGUAUUGGUCAACCCAUAAUGUCUGUGCGUUCAAGCGAUCGGUACAAGGCACAGGUUGUCGAAGCCUUGCGUCGAGCCAAGUUUAAGUUUCCCGGACGCCAAAAGAUAUACGUUUCUAAAAAAUGGGGCUUCACUAAAUACGAUCGCGAGCGCUACGAAGAACUACGAGAUGAUAAUCGUUUUGAGCAAGAUGGCUGCAAUGUGAAGUAUCGGCCUGAGCAUGGCCCAAUGGCAGUUUGGGAGAAAACUCAGCGCGAAGUUUAUGGUUAAAAUGCAAUGAGCAGUAGCAGCAUGCCUAAUAUAAUAAACGGACUAAUGUUCAUUUAUGAGACCGCA